AUGCAGGACGUCCUCGACGAUCCGGACAAAGUCUUCCAGCUAUUGCACCCCCUGGGCCGGGGAUCAUAUGGAGCGGUAUACAAGGCCAGGGUAAUAAGCACGGGCGAAGUUGUGGCAGUGAAGGUCAUCCCGCUGGCCGCAGACGACGAGAUCGAGAGCAUCCAGAGGGAGAUUGCCAUGCUCCGGGACUGCAAGCACCCAAACAUCGUCAAGUACUAUGGAAGCGUCAAGACGCCGGACUCACUCUGGAUUGUCAUGGAGUACUGCGCCGGGGGGUCUGUCAGCGAUAUAAUGCACGUGAACUCGUCCAGUCUCUCCGAGGCGUUGAUCAAGUACAUUACCGGAGAAACGCUGACCGGUCUGGCGUACCUCCACUCUGUGGGCAAGGUACACCGAGACAUCAAGUGUGGCAACAUCCUCCUGACUGAAAACGGGGAGGUGAAGCUGGCCGAUUUCGGCGUCGCGGCCCAGCUCACUAAUACCAUGAGCAAGCGCAAUACUUUCAUUGGGACCCCACACUGGAUGGCUCCCGAAGUCAUCCAGAUAAGCCAGUAUGAUGGCAAGGUCGAUGUCUGGGCGCUGGGCAUCACGGUGAUAGAGAUGGCCGAGCAGGCUCCACCCCGGUGGAAGAUAAAUCCUAACCGCGUUAUUUUCAUGAUAGUCAAGGAUCCCGCGCCGCGUUUGUCGGAUUCUGAGCGCUGGAGUUUUCAAGCGGAGUUCAUAUCCAAGAGCCUGCAUGAGUGA